AUGACAUCUCAGUAUGCGACGGAGCUUUGCUCCCUUCUGAUUGAAGAUAAUUUUGGAGAGCUCUUUGCGCGCAUCUUUUCGACCCUGCAACGCUACGAUCGCCUUACCCUUCCCCGCCUAAGGUUCUAUUCGAGACUAUCGGACCGCCAGCUUCACCAUGGACUGGCAGCAAUGGUCCAGCACCAUCUUAUUUAUCACUACACUAGUCUCGAGGAUGGAAACACCUACUACGAAACGAAUCUACAGUCGGCGUACUACCUUGUUCGGUCUGGCAAGAUCCUGGAGAUGAUCGAGGACAGGCUAGGGAAAUAUGCGGCUACGGUCAUGUCGACAAUUAUGUUCCUUGGACACGCUCAGAUUGCGCAUCUUGAAACUCUUCCGGAGCUCAAGCCCCAACGGAGCCAUGCGAACGGUGUUGGUGAAGAAAUGAAGGAGGAAGCAGAAGGCCAAGCCAAUGGAGUUGAUGGCGAACACGAAUUGGAUGAGCUCGUGGAAAAUGCCGCCAUUCAUUCAACGCUCAAGGCCCUCGCUGCACAUGGAUACGUCAUACAAGUUCGCGAUGCCCAAUUUCAGAGUCCCAAUGACAAUGUCUUGGAUGCACAGCGAGUGCUCAAGGCAAGACCAGACGUCAAAGAGAUGAAGGGCAAGAAGCAGGAACAGUUUCUUUUGGAAAACACAGAGCGCAUUGUCAAGGAGCGAACCGAUGGAGAUCUCAGCAGGGGCUUGAUGUUCAAUGGAGUUCCUCAGGGUGUUAAGAGAAAGCACAGCCAGAAACCCAACGAGGAAAGGAGAGAGUACGUCGAUAUCGACGAAGACGAAGAAAAUGAAUGGUCGGACGACGACUUUGGUGGCAACAGCCCAAUGGAUUCCAACCUUGUCGUUCGGGUUAAUUAUCCCAAGCUGGAUGUUGCUCUACGGAACCGACGCCUUGUCGAGCUUGUCGACCAAGAAUCCUCAUCUGCAACAGCCCAGGUAUACGAUUGUCUACUGCGGCGGAUCGAAUAUCAAACCCCACGUUGCCGAGACAUCGCGGAGAUUCCGCGCGAAGGCGAAGAGUCCGAACAGUACUCUGUUCCGAUCCGGCUCAGCGCGCUGGUGGACGACAUUGACCCGUAUCUCGAUCUUUCGGGGUCGAUUGGUCCGAUGGAGGUCCCACAGGGCCCAGCCCGCCGUGGGAAACGACCGCUGGAGAACGGGGUCCACGGAGAUACUGACGACCGUGAGGGACAGCCGUCUUCUACUACGAACGGCACGUCUUCGUCAUCAUCCGGGGCGAGCCGGACCUACGAAGUCGACCAACACCUGUGCCUGCUCGCGCAGCCGCCGUACAACUUCACUUCGAAGCGGAUGAUCGGCGGCCUGAUCAACUGGACGGUGGAGUACCGACACCUGGCGCGCAAGCUGCGUCACACAGAGCUGGAGCGGAUAAUCGAGGCGCGGUACGGCGACGUCGCGCUACGGGUGGUGCGCGUGCUGCACGCCAAGGGCAAGUUGGACGAGAAGCGGCUUCAGGAGAUCAGCCUGCUUCCGUUCAAGGAUCUGCGGCAGGUGCUGGCCAGCAUGCAGGCGGGCGGGUUCGUGGACCUGCAAGAAGUCCCGCGGGAUGCCCAACGGCAGCCCUCGCGCACCAUCUACCUGUGGUUCUACGACCCAGACCGCGUCGCGGCAGGGAUCCUCGAGGACACGUACAAGGCCAUGUCGCGCUGCCUGCAGCGCAUCCGGUUCGAGCGCGCCCGCCUCCGCGAAUUCCUCGACAAGACAGAGCGAUCGGACGUCAAGGGCAACGAGGAGCGCUACCUGUCCGAGGGCGAGCUCAAGACUCUUCACCAGUGGCGCGCCAAGGAGGCCUUGCUCCUCGGCGAGGUCUCUCGUCUUGAUGACAUGGUUGCCGUGUUUAGAGACUAUUAA